CCGGGCCGCUUCCACCGUCCGACUUCGCUUCCACCGGGCCGCGGGGUGCGCGGCGCGUUCCGCCGACGGCGACUGGACACCAGGAGCUCCAGCGAGUGCGGCGGCACAUGGACAAAGAUGGAGACCUUCCUGGAGCAAGGCUCCCGCAGCACCCAUGACGCUCAAAUCUUCGCAACGCUGCCAGUGGAGGUGGAAGGCGGUCGCAGCCAGCGUCGCCUCUCGCGCCUGGCAGCUGCCAGUGGCAGUGUGCUAGCGGCCUUCCAAGGUGGCGAGGUGGCACGAUGGUAUCCCGAUGAGGACGAGUUCGCCUUAAUCGACUUCAAGGAGCAAGUAGGUGAAGUGAGUCGGGUCUUCCUGGACGUGACGGGCUUUCAUGCACUGCUGACCAACAGCAGCGGUGACAGCUGGUACUUGAACUUCCAAAGUACUCAGGCGCUUCGCUUGUCCAAGCUGAAGGGCCAUGUCUUGGAAAGUGCCUCCUGGGACGUGGAAGCAACCACCAGCAGCACCCGCGACCUUUUGCUCGGGACCCGUGCGGGACAGAUCCUUCAAGUGGUCAUCGAAUCCAAGGAGAAGUCCAUUAAGACCCUUUGUGAGUUCGAGCGUGCUGCUCCCGUGGUGGGCCUACGAAGAGAGAGAGUCUUCUCCACGGAAGAUGGCCUGGAGCGACUGGUCUUGUUUGCAGCGGCGGGCUGCAGCUUGUAUGCCUUUGUGGGCGCUGGAUCCCUUGAGAGCCUCUUCCAGAGAUACCAAGGGGAACGCGUGACGAGCCGCGCGCGCAUCUAUGAAGUCCCCUUCGACUCGCCGUAUGGCGACUUGCAAGUCGAUGAGGCUUGCGUGGGCCCACCGGGCACGAAGGUGCUUUUUUGGCUUACUGGAGUCGGAGUGCUGGCAGCCAAAGUGCUUUCCAUGACCAAGGACGCAGCUGGCAGCACCUGUUUAUUGGAGUCUCCACCUGGCUUGGUGCCCUUCCCUAGUAAGACUGGCAGCGGACGUACUGGAGUGGUCUCCUCCUUCCUACCUGCGCCCCCGCCCCCGGCGCCCCGGUCCAUGGCGCUGACGAAGUUUCACUUGAUUUUCGCCUUCGAAGAUCGAUGGGUCGCCGUGAGCCGCAUCACCCACGAGGUGGUCCAACAACAAGAUUGGGCCAUGUCCACUUACGGCCCGCUCCGGUGCCUCGCGCGGGACUGGCACGGCGAGAAGCUGUGGCUCUGCUCCGAGCGCCAUGCCUUCGAGGUGAAGAUCCACCAGGAGGAACGAAAUGUGUGGGCCUUGCUGCUGCGAUUGGAGCAAUUCGACGAUGCUUUAGCGGCCUGUCGCAGCCCCUCCCAGCGGAUGCGCGUGCUGUGCGCACACGGGGACUACCUCUUCCGGAAGGAUUUGGAGAUCGAUGCUGCCAGGAAGUUUGCAGAAGCCACGGCCGUCCCGUUCGAGCACGUGUGCCUGCGCUUCUUGGGCGCUGACCGAAAGGCGGGUCUCUUGGAAUAUCUCCGCUUGCGCCUGCGCCGGGCCGGUGAUCAGGUGACCCGAUCCUUAUUGAGCGUUUGGGCCGUGGAGAUCGCCUUGGCACGCCUGGACGAGCUGCGUUGCACAGAGGCUGCACAGAGCUUGGCUGCUGAGCGGCAGCAGCUUCUGGAGCUUCUGCAGCAGUGCACCGAACUAGACGUGCAUGCGACAAUCUACCACCUGCUGCAGAGCCAUGGCUGGCUCGAUGAGCUUGCGAGCUUUGCAGAGAUGCGGAAGGAUUUCACCACAGUGAUUUUGCACCACGUGAGCCGGCGCGAGGGGACGAAUGCGAUUCGAAAGCUGCAGCACUUUGGUGCGUCCGCCGGACAAGACCUGGUUUGUAACUUCGCGCCCGUUCUUUUCGGCUCUGCUCCGGCAGCCUUCACCUCACUCCUUCUGAAGCAGCCCAGCUUGGAUCCAUUGCUGGUGCUGCCAGGGGUCUACUCACCUCAGGGCAUGCCCACUCACAGGACGGAGGCCAUCCGGUAUUUGGAGCACGCGGUGCGGCAUGGCGCCGAGCAUCCGGAGAUGCCGAGCUUCAAGGGAAGCGCCUUCCGCGCAGCAGGACACCUGCUGCUGGACCACCCAGAAGAUGGGACACAGCGCUCAGGCUGGGCGAGUGGCACUGCUCUUCUGAAUGCACUGGUGGUCAUGUUUGCUGACGGCGGUGAGGAGACAGGCACGGACGGAGACGCAGAGGAGGCCUUGUUGCGCUUCUUGCAGGCGCAGGAGGGCAAUCCUCAGCUGGACUGCCACUUCGCCUUGCGCAUCUGCCGCCAGAAGGGGCUCAUCAAGGCCAUGGUGCUACUCUACGGCUUGAUGGGCAUGCAUGAGGAGGCUGUGGAGGUGGCCCUCAAGCACGAGGACAUCGCUUUGGCCAAGACCAGCGCGUGUAGACCUCCGGAGUGCGAGAAGCGGCGCCGGCAGAAGCUGUGGCUGAGGAUCGUGGAGCAUCAGGCAGCGACCAGUGAUGUGCAGAAGAUCAUUGGUCUCAUCAAGGAGUCUCAGGAGCUUACGAUCCGCGACGUCUUGCCGUACUUGUCGGAUUCCAUGACCAUCGAAGCCUUCCAGUCCGAAAUCUGUGAGUGCUUGGACGCCUAUGAAGGCCAGAUUGUGACGCUCCGCCAGGAGAUGGACGAUCAUCGCCGAGCCCUUUCAGCCUUCAAGGAAGACCUCAAGCGCGCGGACGAGCGCUGCAUCGUGGUGGGGGCCGACCAAUGCUGUGAGAUCUGUGGCUGCGAAGCCAUGCGAGAGCGCUUCUAUGCCUUCACCUGUACUCACUGCUGUCAUGAGGCCUGCCUUCGUGCGCUGAUCUUGCCCACCUUGUCGCCGGCUCGCCGAGAGCGCCUCUUCAAGUUAGAGGACGCUCGCUUGCAGCACCAGGCCGCCGCAGCCGGCGCCAACGCGGCGCCUAUGGUGCCUUUGGCAGAGGUCGAAGAUGAGCUGGAUGGAUUGCUGGCCGAGGAUUGCCCGUUCUGUGGUCAGCUGAUGAUCGACACCAUCACGAAGCCCUUCCUGGACCCCAAUGACGAGGGCGAUGCGGAGGAGAUAGAGUCAUGGGCCAUUUGAGGAGAAAAGUGCUGCCAACCCAGCAGAGGUUGAACCCCAAAAAGGCUAUCCGGCUAUCCGGCUAGGUACCCCAGGUUUUCCGGGCGUUUCCGGGUCCGAACGUUCAGGUCACUUGACAUCCAUUGGACGGUCGUUUUGCAUGACCGAACUCGUUGAGCACAGCACUCGCAGCGCAGGGGCAGGUGGUGUUUUCGAAGGUUGGAAGAUGGGAAACGACCGGUCGGUCCGCGUUUGCGGUGUGCUGACACUCAGUGAUGAAUCCUAUAAGUUUGCAGAUGG